UGCCACUUGCCAGGCGAUUGAGAGCUAAAGUUGCUUGUUGCUAGGCAACUUGUAGGUUCUGUCUAUGGAAAACCUAGAAGCUUGCUAUUCGAACUGUUCGAACAGUAUAUGUAUCUUUGAGCUCUUUUGACUGAUGCAGCAUAUGGGGAUGAUCUGCAAAUAAACAUACAGAACAGAGUGCGUCUGUCCCCAGGAGUGCGGCGCCAUGCUGGCCGGCCGCCUUCUGCGCGUAUGGCGACUGGCGGACACAGCGGCCACCGGCCUGCUGCGGGGCCUGCGGCCGAGCCCGGUCGGACGGCCCGCGCAGCCGCGCCUGGCGGCUCCGGCCGCGAUCCGCCGCGCUAGCAGUUUUCAGCACCGGACCCAUACGUGCGGCCAGCUGCGUGCCAAGGACGCCGGCAGGAGCGUCAGCCUCUGCGGCUGGCUCCAGUUCAAACGGAUGGGAAAGUUCAUCACCCUGAGGGACGGCUACGGCGUCACUCAGCUGAUCCUGCCGGACGAGGACCGUCGUCUGUCGGAGCUGGUCGACAGCCUGCCCCUGGAGUCGGUGCUUCAGGUGACCGGCGCCGUUCGUCUCCGUCCGGACGGCCAGCAGAACCAGGACAUGAAGACGGGCGACAUCGAGGUCGUGGCGCACGACAUCACCGUGCUCAACAAGCCGGAGCGCGAGCUACCCUUCAACAUCCGCUCGUUCAACAAGGCGAAGGAAGCGCUUCGCCUACAGUACCGGUACCUGGACCUGCGGCACACCGAGCUGCAGGAGAACCUGCGACGGCGCUCCGAGAUGGUCGCCGAGAUCCGCGAGUACCUGGUCAGAGACCACGACUUCGUGGACAUCGAGACGCCGACGCUGUUUCGCAGGACGCCCGGGGGAGCUCAGGAGUUUGUGGUGCCGACCCGGUCGCCGGGGCAGUUCUACAGUCUGGUCCAGUCGCCGCAGCAGUUCAAACAGCUGCUCGUCAUCGGCGGACUGGACCGCUACUUCCAGAUCGCGCGCUGCUACCGGGACGAGGGCGCGCGGCCCGACCGGCAACCAGAGUUCACUCAGGUGGACCUGGAGCUGGGCUUCACCAGCCAGCAGGAGGUGCAGGCGCUGGUGGAGGGCAUGCUGCACCGCUGCUGGCCCCAGGAGCUGGUGACGCCCUUCCCGCGCAUCACCUUCAGCCAGGCCAUGACGCAGUACGGCACCGACAAGCCCGACGUCCGCUUCAAGUGGAGGCUGGUGACAGUGACCAGGGCGCUGCGCUCCUGCGGCCUGGACGUGCUGGAGAAGCAGCUGAACGGACCCGAGGGUGCCGCCGUCGCCCUGGUGGUGCCUGACGGAGCACGCCACCACAGCCGGGCGGUGCAGGCGCAGCACGCCCGGAUGGCCGAGCAGGCCGGUCUGGCGGGCGUGUCGGCGCUGCCGGCGGACGGUGCCGGUCGGCUGGGCGGCCGGCUGGCGGGCCCGCUGGGCGCGGAGACGUGCAGUCGGCUGGCGGCGGCGGCCGGCGCCGGUCCGGGCGACCUGCUGCUGCUGGCCGCCGGCCCGGAGGGCGCCGCGCGCACGCUGCUCGGCCGGCUGCGCACCCAUAUGGCCGACACCCUGGAGGAGGCCGGCGUGACGGUGCGCCGCGCCGGCCCGCACUUCCUCUGGGUGGUCGACUUCCCGCUGUUUGUGCGCGAGGAGGGCCGGCUGGUGUCGGCGCACCACCCGUUCACCCGGCCGCACGCCGAGGACGAGCACGCGGUCUACUCGGACCCCGAACAGGCGCGCAGCCAGCACUUUGACCUGGUGCUGAACGGCUGGGAGGUGGGCGGCGGCUCGAUGCGCAUCCACGAGCCGGCGCUGCAGCGCCACGUGCUGCAGACGGUGCUGGGCGAGGACACGGCGCCGCUGCAGCACCUGCUGGACGCCCUGGCCAGCGGCGCGCCGCCCCACGGCGGCAUCGCACUCGGCCUGGACCGCCUGGUGGCGCUGGCUGCGGGCGCGCCGUCCAUUCGCGACGUUAUUGCGUUCCCAAAGUCCUCGGAUGGGCGCGACUUGAUGGCCGGCGCUCCCAGCGACAUCUCCCGAGAAGAGUACGAACUAUAUCACCUGAAGAAACCCAGCUGAAGUCACCUGCCUACGUCCCCGACCGGUCCAUAUAUUUCUCCAGACAAUUCACGCCGACACUGCUCCGUCUGAACGGGUUCUGGAGUCUGGACAGAUUCCCGACUCUUGCGUCUUUCACCUGAUGUCCCAUUCGCCCCUCCCCAGGGAAAAAUAAAGGGGCUGCCUCCGACCGCAU